AUGACACCCACUGGUCAGCUGGUCAGUCGCGCUAUCAUUGUCAAGUAUCUUUGCACCCAAGAGGUUCAAAUCAAGGGAUGCGCUCUGGAUACGAAUGGCCUGAGGCGUUUCAUUGCUCAAAUGGUUCAGGCUGGCUGCAGAGUUGUUGGACUACCUAAUCAGCCCAAGGACCUUAAGGUUUCUGAAUCUCUGAAACAGAGGACAGCCGCCCUACUUCAAGCCAAGUAUACAGGGAUAUCGGAGGCCAAGGUAAUUGAUUACGAAGAAUCACUACGACUGGAGACAAGGUCAGACCUUUCUAAUGAAGAGUAUUACGCAGUACAAAAAUUCAGGAUUAUGGACGCCUACGGCAUUGAGGACCCAUCUAUCCUUACGCCUGAAUGGGUGAAGACCUACAGUAACCCAAAAGAGAUGAAGGUCUUUCAGAAUCUGCGAGCCUUGAAGAACGACCCAGAGUUGAAGAUGACAAAGCAGAGCGACUCGUAUCCUCUCGGGAAAGAUCAAGAAAGGAGGGACACUGGCGCCAUACUACAUAGACUACACCAAUCAAAGUAUACCAAACUAAAGUAUGCAAAAGACAUCCUCUUUGCCUGUGGCUAUGACUCUCCAUUUGAUCCCAAAUGUAGAGCAUCCACUGCUCUCAAAUCAAGCCUGGAUGAGCAAUGGGAAUCGCUAUCGUCAAACAUGCGGAAUAUUUGCACACAACUUCCAUUCCCGUACCCAUCUCAUAGCAACUGGAACUUCAGAAACCGGCAGAACUUUGUUAACUCUGUCUUGAAUGAGGUUCUCCAAUAG